AUGGCUAACCUUGGACAAGAGAUCAACAAGAAAUUCCCAACAACAAAGCUAAUCAUCUCAGAAUUGAUAACAAGGAACGACAACCAACAAAUUAAUACAAAAGUCAAACAAGUCAAUACGAAGCUGUCACAGGUAUGCACCAAUAACAAUUGGGGUCAUAUAUCUCAUAAAAAUAUCCUUGGAAAGCACUUAAAUCCAUAUGGGGUUCACCUCAACAAACAGGGAACUGCAACUCUUGCAAAAAAUGUUAUUGACACUUUAAAAAUUAAUUAUUGACUGUCUCCUUAUGAAAGUCCCAUAAUAGGUAACAGUAAUGAAUACUCUACAACCCCAAAAUUAAUUAAUAGCCUAAAUGAAUGUGAAGUGACUCAUCCCAAGCUUAAGGGCUUCAAGAUUGUACAUUUAAAUAUUGCUAGCUUAAUGAAACAUAAAGAUGAAUUGUCUAUAUUUAUAUCUUUGCAACCUUUUGACGUUCUUUGUAUUAAUGAAACAAGACUUGAUAGCUCUACAUAUAAUUCUGAAGUUGAAAUAGCUGGUUGUGACUUGAUAAGAAAGGACAGAAAUCGGAAUGAAGGAGGAGUAGCUAUUUAUGUGAGGAGUGUUAUUCCAUACAUAAAUAGGACUGAAUUGUCUCCAGAUACUGCUGAGGCAAUUUGUCUCAAAAUAAGAAAGCCAAAAAGCAAACCAUUACUAGUUUCCACUUGGUACCGCCCUCCAGGAUCAAAACCACAAUUUUUUAAUGAUUUCGAAACUUUCCUUAAAAAUAUUGACAAUUAA